AUGUCUCCAUGGAUCAUUGUAUUUAUCACAAUUGCUGCGUCCAUUCUCAUUUACAAACUCUUAAACCUAAUAUCAAAGCCUUCCUUACCUCUUCCACCGGGGCCUAAACCAUGGCCGAUCGUCGGAAACUUACCUCACAUGGGCCCCGUACCACACCACGCCCUAGCAGCCUUAGCUCUUAAACACGGCCCUCUCAUGCACCUCCGUUUGGGUUUCGUCGACGUGAUAGUCGCCGCCUCCGCCUCCGUGGCGGAGCAGUUCUUAAAGGUUCACGAUGCUAACUUUUCGAGCCGGCCACCUAACUCCGGCGCUAAAUACAUAGCAUAUAAUUAUCAGGAUCUGGUGUUUGCUCCGUAUGGACCACGGUGGCGUUUAUUGAGGAAAAUAUCGUACGUUCACAUGUUUUCUUCUAAGGCUUUGGAUGAUUUUAGUCACAUACGACAGGUAGAGGUAGCAAGAUUAAUCCGCAAUUUGGCAAGUUCAGGAUCCAAAGCAGCAAACUUAGGACAAAUGUUAAAUGUAUGCACAACCAACGCAUUGGCAAGAGUAAUGAUAGGACGGCGAGUAUUUAACGACGGCAAUAGUGGUUGUGAUCCUAGGGCAGAUGAGUUUAAGUCAAUGGUUGUUGAGCUUAUGGUAUUAGCUGGAGUUUUCAACGUUGGUGAUUUUAUUCCUGCUUUAGAGUGGUUAGAUCUUCAAGGUGUGCAAGGCAAGAUGAAGAAAUUACACAAAAGGUUUGAUGCAUUUUUAACCAGCAUCAUUGAGGAUCACAAGGUUUCCAAGAGUGAGAAACAUAAUGACUUGUUGAGCACGUUACUGUCACUAAAAGAAAAAGUUGAUGAAGAUGGAGACAAACUCAAUGAUACCGAGAUCAAAGCUUUACUCUUGAACAUGUUUACAGCUGGAACAGACACAUCAUCAAGCACGACAGAGUGGGCUAUUGCUGAAUUGAUAAGAAACCCUAGACUUAUGGUUUCCAUUCAAAAAGAGUUGGACGCUGUUGUUGGACCAGACAGGUUGGUUACUGAACUGGACUUGGCUCAUCUUCCUUACUUAGAAGCUGUGGUGAAGGAAACAUUUCGACUUCAUCCAUCGACGCCACUUUCGCUCCCGCGUGUUGCAAAUGAGAGCUGUGAAAUCUUCAACUAUCAUAUCCCUAAAGGUGCAACUCUGUUGGUUAAUGUUUGGGCCAUAUCACGUGACCCUAAAGAAUGGUCCAGCCCAUUGGAGUUCAAGCCGGAAAGGUUUCUCCCUGGUGGUGAGAAGUUUGAUGUUGAUAUUAAGGGAACUGACUUUGAGGUGAUACCUUUUGGCGCUGGGCGUAGAAUAUGUGCUGGUAUGAGUCUUGGACUCAGGAUGGUUCAACUUCUCACUGCGACAUUGGUUCAUGCAUUCGAUUGGGAGUUGGAGGACGGGUUAUUGCCGGAAAAGCUCAACAUGGAUGAAGCAUAUGGGCUUACUUUACAGAGAGAAAAGCCUCUUUUGGUCCACCCUCGUCCAAGGCUUGCACAACAUUUGUAUUAG